AUGGCUACCAUCAUAGGGGACGUCUUUGCUGAUUCCCCAUCGCGCUUUCAUGGUAUGAUCGGAGGGCAUUCCCACGAUAUCCAUUAUCAGACCCGGUCUGCGAGCGGAUCUCGCGACCGCGAAGCCCAGCCCCACCAUACGUCACGCCCGACAGAGAGCCCCCGGAGGCCCUCGACCUCGUUAUCCGGCGCGCCGAACCGCACACCGAGCCGACGGCGUAGGGACGAACAAGCACAGGAGAAGAGCACAUCAAGGCAACCAAACGCGCGACUGCCCUCGCCCCCACCCUCGUCGUCAUCCUCUCAACCAUCCUCCGGCGGCACACAACCACAGCAGGAAAUACCUCGAGAUGGCACCCAGGACCCCACCCCCGGGUCGUUCUCGGCCUCGAACUCGAGCGCUUCGUCGGCGAGUACCGCCCCAACGGUAAUAGCGCCGCCUUCCAGGUCCAUCCCCUCCCCCGAUUCCGAUAGUGGUCCGCGCUGGACCUCGGCGCAUCCCGAAGCGACCGGGUCCAUCCCCCCAACCCUCGACAACCCGCCCGAAUCACCAAUACAGACGCAGACCACGAUCCGAGUCCGCGACCUCGCGCACAUACAGAGCUUGGCAAGAGCUGACAUGCUCACCGGCACGGGGCCGGGGAUCGUAAACGACCCACCACUACAGCAAAUGAAGUACGAGAUCAGCGGCAUGCCCAUCGGCGACAUCAUCGAAAUGGUGGCCGCGCUGCUGACCAAGAUCACAACGACCAACGACCUCCAGCACGACGCACUCAACCGCAACGCGCACCACCUCCGGCAGGCCCAGGCGCAGGCGAGGGGCGAGGAGGGGGCCGGCGACGGGAGCAUGACCCCGCUCAGCAGCAGCGUCCUAGCCUUCCACGGCAAGAACGUGCCCGCCAUCACCAUCCUCAGCUACCUCAGCCGCAUCCACAAAUACUGCCCGACGACGUACGAGGUCUUCCUCAGCCUGCUAGUCUACUUUGACCGCAUGACAGAGCGCGUAAACGACAUGGUCAUGAAGAGCGAGGAAGGGCGGCGCGCGCAGCUUGAGACACAGCAGCCGCAGCCGCCACCACUACAGCAACCGCGCGUCUCCACCGACGCCGACAAGGACACGGUCAUGCGCGACCACGACGACGACUCGAGCGACGCGACCGAGACGGACUCGGAGCUGGCAGACUCUACAGACGGAGACGAGAUCCCGACCAGCGCGGCAGCAGCAGCGGGGGCAGGGGCGGGGAGGAAACCGCCCGCCGCCAACCCCGCCGCCACCACCACCACCACCACGGGCGCAUCCCAGCCCCAGCAGGCGACCUACUUUGUCGUCGACAGCUUCAACAUCCACCGCCUCAUCAUCGCCGGCGUCACUUGUGCGAGCAAGUUCUUCUCCGAUGUCUUUUACACCAACUCGCGCUAUGCAAAGGUCGGUGGCCUCCCCCUGCCGGAACUCAACCAUCUCGAGCUGCAGUUCCUGCUUUUGAAUGACUUUCGGUUGGCUGUGCCGGUUGAGGACUUGGAGGCUUAUGCUACUAUGCUGGUUGAGUUUUAUGCGCGCGAGGUGGUUGCGCAGCGGACGAGGCCUGGGUCGGAUUGA